GCUCGGUGGUACACGGUGCGGCAAACGCGCGGUUUCCCGACGAGAAGUUCCAGUGGAUCGCGUCGCGUCCGUUAAUAACGUCGUCGGGUGGUCCCUUCAGGGGUGCCAUUUGGUGGGUGUGUUCGGAGGACGUUUUUCGGACGGUUGGACGUCCGGAGGGUGUCUUAGGUGGACGAUAUAUUUCCGCAGAGUCAGCCGAAGACGUCAUGACCGAAAAAACAGCCUGACCUCGACCUACUAUGUGGCCGAAGAUGCUGCUCAUCCUCUCUCUGCUUUCCUUCGAGAGAGCGUCGGCGAAGUCCCGAUGCGGCGGCAUCUAUACCGACGCGAGGGGCGUAAUCCAGACGCCCGGCUUCCCCGGACCCUUCACGACGCCCAUCGACUGCGAAUGGGUCAUAGACGCCCAGCAUAUGCUGCCGAAAAAUACGACUAUUAUUGUCUAUCUGACGCAGUUGUUUGUUUUUGAAGGCCUGAAAUUCACCGAGUACCAAGUCUACGACGACGGCUUCCAGUUCAACGGCCGCGACCUCCUGGUGGUGAACGAGACGACCGUCGUCAGCGAGAGGACGGUCCAGACCAACCAGAGCUACCUGGUGAUCAGCCUCAAGCUGUCGUCGAUGGAGGGCGCGCAUCUGAGAGUGCUCGAUCAUCUCCUGGACGUGUACGGUUUCAACAUCACCUACGAGAUGAGCGAGGACCUUGUUCCGAGGCUGGACCGGUGCAACAUGAUGGAUUGCGGCUUCAAUGGCGACUGCCACGACGAUUACACGACUUUCCGAUGUUCCUGCUAUGGCAAUUUCACUGGCAGCCAUUGUUCAGAGGGUCCUCAGUCAUUGUGUCAAGGCAACAAAGGACCAAUCUGCCAAAAUGGAGGAACUUGUCGGCACAUCGGAGCGGUGGCUGCCAAGUGUCUCUGCCCCCAAGGCUUCACGGGGGGCGGCUGCGAACUCCCCCAGGGACCUGGAGAUGGUGCUGCUGCAGAAACGAAUGGAGACAUAGUCAUUUCAUGCCCGUUUAGUGGAAAGCAACAAGAUGUCUGCAACUGUUCCACUGAUAACAACCAGACUGGAUUUCUGGUUUCAAUACGCAUGGGAAAUCUGCCCAAGCUGAAGAAUGGAGAAUUACUAGAAUACAUACGAGAGCAGAUCAUGCAAAAUCUCAAAUCAGAAAUGCCGAAACUGAAGAACAUUGUAAUUGAAGAUAUAAGGAUCGACGCCGUAGGAGCAGACGCCGCCGUCCGUAUCUACUGCCUCAAGAGGGACGCUGAGGCCUUGAAAUCUGUUCUGACGAGAUGGUCCGCCAGAAGAUUUAUCGGCAACUUAACCCUGCUAGACGAAGACAUGAAUCCAGGGCCAAUCUUGUCUACGGCGAGCCUGUCAGUCAACAAAGCUGGCACAAUAAGAAUCCACGAGGAUUUCGUUCUUUCUUGCGCUGCUAGAGGAUCCUCAGCGAUGACCUUCAGAUGGAUGAAGGAUGGAGUAUUCAUAAAAACUUCACAUUCGGAAGGCCGUAAAUGGACCAGGAUCAUCAAGGAUCCACACGUGGAGGGCCAGUACACCGCGCUGCUGGGCGUGACGGAGGCCGACGCCCUGGACGGCGGCGUCUUCACGUGUCAAGUGGAGGAUUUUAGAUUUCAGCGAUGCAUGUCAAAGAGAAUACAUAUACGGAGACCGCCUCCCAUAAGAAUGGAUCCGAUGAGCCUGACUGUUCGCAAAGGGGAGAGAUACGCCGUAAAGUGCAUCUGCGCCGAGGACGAUUCCCCCAGCGGGAGGACCUACAGCUGGACCAAAAAUCGCGAACUGCUGCCGGCCAAGACCGAUUGGGGAAGUUACGAAGUUCUGUACCCCGACGGGAGUAUCUUGGAGGUCCAUAAAGCCGAGAAAUCAGCCACUUUCUCCUGUGUAGUUCAAGAUGGCGCAACUUCUGCAGAAGCUUCCGUCGAGGUCCUGGUCAUAUCCAACAAGGAUAUGAAGACUUGUCCCUAUGAAGAGUAUCUAGGUGUUCUCUGGCCAGAAACUGCUCCUGACGCUGAAAGCAAACAGCCUUGUCCUAGGGACUUUACCGGUGUGGCCUUGCGAAGGUGUACCCUUACUACAGAUGGUGCUACUUGGCGUACUCCAGAUUUCUCAAAAUGUACCUCUGGGGACCUGUUGAAGAUUUUCAAUGGGUUUCAAGCUUUCCGUCUGGGCUACGAGACACCGUAUGGUCCUUCAGAAACGAUAAAUGCCAUUUUGCGACGCCUCCAAGGACCUCGGUUACUUCCUGGAGAGGGUGCUCAUCUGUUAACCCUCGUGAGGAAUGUGAUCUCUAUCAUCAACAGCAGCCGUUCUCAUCUUGCAGACGGAGGUCGCAUCCUUUUCGAUGUCAUAGAUGGGAUUAUGGGUCAAAGAGAGGCUGUUAUCGACAGUCAGCAAGUCGAGUUGUUGCAGCGAGUCAUCAAGGAAAUGGCUUUGUUCCAUUUUUCCCUGAAUGUGAAUGGAACGCAAUCAUCCUUUCAUCGGAGCUCAGCGACUAUCGACGUGACCUUAGCUGGAAUCGACAAGAUGAAAUCUCCAUUCCUAAGAAUUCCUCUACCUGGAAAAAACUACCCGAAAUGGUUCUCCUAUAAAUUGGAGGUGAACGUGGAGCUGGAAGACUGCACCCCUGUGCUUGCCGCUGUGGUCUACAGGAAUUUAUCGUCUUUCUUGCCCCGCAGGUCUGCCAUCCGUCUGGAAGAUGGCAGCGAAAUCGAAUACAUCCUCUCAUCUGAACUGCUCGGAGUGUGGCUCUUCGAUCCAGUCAAGAACGUGGAACUCAGACCUUUGGGAGGAGUCACCAUGUCUUUGGAAUUUCAAAACCGUCCCCGAAACUCUUCGUCCGUCAACUGGGAGAUCAGAUGCGCAGUAGCAGACUUCGCCAUGUUCGAGAACUCCUGGGAUAUAUCGUCUUGCAGCACCGAGGAGCUGAACGAAACCUACACCAGGUGUUUUUGCACGAAACCUGGUACCUACGCAGUCAUCUUGGCUAAUAAGCCUCAUAAGACCUUCGGCGAGAAGCUGGAGAUCCACAGGUUCAUCGUCACCCUGGGAUGCACCAUAUGUUUCGUGCUAUCCACAGCCAGCGGCAUCGUGUUAUUGGCCCACUGGACGCAGAACAGGACUUGCCUGCUGUUCGUCAAACUACAAUGUUGUUUCUCGAUAUCAGGUGCGAUGAUCGUGUUCAUCGUAGCCCUUGCAACAGAGAACAAUCACAGUGCCAGUUUCGCGAUGUGCUUGAUGGUCCUGCUGGAAACUUUCCUGCUUAUCGCGGCGUCCACGCAGCUGAGCAAACUGCUAGUUGUUUACGCCGAGUUCGUGCAGUUGCCCAGAUCGGGCAGGGCCAAGAUGACCGUCGUUGGGAUCGUCACAGGUGUUCCACUGAUCACGGUCUUUGGUAACCACACGGCCCACAGAACAAUGAACAUAAAGUUGAAGACCUGGUGGAUAGUCACAAACAGCUUGAGCUUCUACGUGUUCAUGACGUGUUUCGUCAUCAUAAUCCUACUCUAUAUCUUCGUUUACGUGGUGGUUGAAAGCAAGUUGCAUCAGUUCUCCAAGUUCCAUCAGAAGAACCUCGGAUGUCUUCAGCAACGCAUGUAUCUCUUAAGCAGAUCAGCACUCAUCUUUGGUUUCCUGAUCACCACUACACUUAGCAGCAUAGCCUACGUCAAUCAUAGCAGUCAGAUCUACUGGAACUAUGAAUUUUGCAUAAUAAGCGUCUCAUUGGGUUUGGUCAUCGUCUUCAGUUACGUGCUUAAGAAAGAUAAUAUACCCUAUCCUGACAUAGUAGAGAAGCUGAAGAACAAAGAUAGAGAGAUGAUUAUAGCAAACUCCAAAAACGACCAUCUCACUUUUUACACCAAAGAAGAAGCUGAAGCAGAAAGUGAGUCAACCCCAGAGUCCAAAUACACUCCCAAAACGACCAAAGUACGUUUUGCCCCUGAACCUCAAUUAGACCUCAUCGAACACCCUCCAGAGGUCAUAGCCUUCGACGUAUUGGAAAACUACAGGUGCAGUCCCAAAAGCUUCAGAGGUACCACCCAGAAAAGGUCUGAGGAGGCAGACUGUUUGGAGUUGGACCUAGUGAUCUCCUUCAAGCAAGAAGAGCAGAAGAAGGUCAACCUGGUGAGACCAAGGAUAGCUAUAACAUCCUGCGAAGAAGACGCAAUGUCUGCAAGAGGAAGCAAGAUGGAGUUCACGACUUUCCAGAAGACCGCGGAAGUGAAAAGUGAAAAACCUGUGGUGGAAAACAGUGACUUGGAUGUGGUACUGACGAGUAUCUCUCAAGAUCUGGACUAUCUCUUGAACCAAGAGGAGGAUCUGAUGGACACGUUGAAGAGGAAACGUUUGAAGUCGGCUAGGAGUGUUGAAGAACAGGAAGGAACAGAUAGGAAAUAUCCUGAAGCGAUCGCUGAUAUAUCGAGGACAAAGUGUUAGUAAAUGUGUUGAGGUUAGGUUUUGGUCCCGAUCGAUUUUUGAGAGUCUGGUUUAGGGAAACAAAAUUAUGGUUGGAAAUCAUGACUGAAUUCAGUUUUCUGGCUAGUUCAUUGUAGAUAUUAGAGAAUAUAAGGGUACAAAUGGAAAACUUAAUUCUAACUAAUCAAAUAUGUUAUUCAGUGAAGUGUAAAGUUCCUACAUUGUGUAUGCAAUCCAAGAUUCUUUGAUAUAUUCAACAUACCUAAAGAUUGCUGGGAGUUUAAGGUAAAAUACAAUCAAACUUCUUCAUUAUUACCAUUAGAUACAUGUUGGACCCUAAACUAACUCAUUUUUAAUCAUAAUUCUGAAACAGAUACAAAUUUCCAUUCGUACACCUUUUUUAUUGGAUUCUGAACAGAACCCUGGGGAAUAGGAAACUUGCUAGAAGGUGAAAUCAGACAUGAAAUUUCGCUGACCGAAUCGAAAGACUUGUAUUAAAAUAUUUAUGUAUAGAAAUUAAGUCAAUUCGUUGAAUUUUCCUUGCAAAUUCAAAAAUAUGCAAGAUAUCAAAAUGUGGUUGGAUCAUUUUCGAAAACCAUACUCGCUGUCAUAGUUGAACUUGAUGUAGAUGUUUGUAAAUGUCAAAUUUUUUCGGUCUGAAGACUUCUCUGGAUGAGUGACAAUCGAUCACAACAAAAAAAACUAAAAAAAUAUAUAAUGGAAAUUGAUUUUCAAAGUCUCGCUUUAAAAGUAUACUUCAAUAUGGAAACUAUUAUAGGUAAUGUAAUCGAAAAAGUGCCUUGACUGAUAAUGAAGAAUUUUAUAUUUAGGAGAGUGCCUUAUUUUUGCUAUAUCAAUAUUAUAAAUAAA